AGUACGGUUGUCCAUUACACACAAUGGUUGAUCGACUACUACUCAGCCGAAUACACGCAACGAGUCGGGAUGGUGACACGAGAAAUGUCACAGAGAUCGUCACCAAAUUACGGGAGAAAUGGCCGGAAUACCGUCGGUUAAAGAUGCCGGUCCUCACUAGAGUCGUGCAAGGGGAGUUCCCUCCUCCCCCCAAGCCUGCACCUUGUGUCGGGACUGGGUCUACAACACCAUCCUCUUCAGAAGAGGAAACAUCAACUAAGGCCCCACCUGACACUACUGCUAUGAACGAUGCCCUCGAUAACAUGUAUUUGCGGCAUCAACAGAAACAGCAGGAAGAGGACUCUUCCGAAGGUGUCGCCCCACUACCACCGACGCCGGCUGCUGCUGCUGGUGCUGAGAGUAAACCAGUGAGUGCCAAGAAGAGGAAGAGAGCACGACUACAGGGAGCGUACAUGAACGACUUGUUGGCUGGCAGCGAUUCUUCGCAAAAGAAAUUCGAGCCAGAGCCUCGGCCGGAGUUGCGAUUAGCCAACGUUGGAGGUUUCGAGAAAGUCAAAGCCGAUAUAGAAGAUCUCAUUAUACGGCCGAUAAGCCAUCGGGAUGUUUACGAGAACUUGGGAGUGUCCCCACCAGUGGGAGUUCUGUUGCACGGGCCCCCAGGUAGCGGUAAGACCAUGUUGGCAACAGCCAUUGCUGGGGAGUUGGGCUGUGCUUGGUUUAAGGUCUCUGCCCCGGAGAUAGUAUCUGGGGUAUCGGGGGAGUCCGAAGCUACUCUGAGGAGUCUUUUCGCUACGGCAGUGUCAAACGCUCCUUGUAUUGUGCUAAUUGAUGAGAUCGAUGCUAUAUGUCCACGACGAGAAACAGCAGCUAGAGAGAUGGAACGGCGGAUUGUUAGUCAGAUGCAGAUCUCGAUGGAUGCGUUGUGGAAGACUGGUGUUGUGGUUAUCGGCACUACAUCGCGACCUGAUUCGGUCGAGCCAGCAUUGAGACGAUCCGGUCGCUUUGAUAGGGAGAUCGCCAUGGGCAUGCCCGAUAGAGCUGCCCGUGCGAUGAUAUUGAGGACUGUCACCAAUGGCAUGAGUUUAGCUGAGGACGUUGAUAUUGUCGAGCUUGGUAGACGGUGUCCGGGGUAUGUUGGUGCGGACUUGUCAGCGUUGGCAGUAGAAGCUGCUAUGUGCGCUGCUAAGCGGUCAGUGGAUGCCUUAGAGGAGCGCAAAGGAGAUGGGGACGAGGCGAUGUGUCCUACUAAUAUCACCAUGGAUGAUUUCACAGCAGCGUUGGGAAAAGUUCAACCUAGUGCGAAGCGGGAGGGCUUCUCGACAGUGCCUGAUGUGACGUGGGAGGACGUUGGCUCUUUGAGGGCUCUUAAGGAUGAGCUCAACGACUGUAUAUGCGCUCCGAUCCUCUACAGCGAAAUUCAUGAGAAGUUCGGCCUCACGGUCCCUGCUGGUGUCCUCCUGUUCGGGCCGCCAGGUUGUGGUAAGACUCUCCUCGCCAAAGCUGUCGCUAAUGCCUCCAACGCGAACUUCAUCUCGGUCAAGGGACCCGAGCUCAUCAACAAAUACGUCGGCGAGUCCGAACGAGGCAUUCGGCAGGUAUUCCAGCGUGCAGCUACGUCCAGUCCCUGCGUUAUUUUCUUCGAUGAGAUAGAUGCGAUAGUACCAUCUCGACAGAAUUCUGAUAGCAGUCAGUCGUCCGAGCGGGUGGUGAAUCAGCUGUUGUCGGAGUUGGAUGGGAUGAACUCUCGUCGGGAGGUGUUCGUUAUUGCUGCUACUAAUCGGCCCGACAUCAUAGACCCGGCGAUUCUCCGACCGGGUCGUCUUGGCCGCCUGUUGUACGUCCCUUUGCCGGACGAGCCUGGUAGGGCUGAUAUCUUGGCUACUCUAUUGAAGAAACUCCCAGUGAGCGAUGAUGUAGAUGUUAAAGAACUUGGGGCUCGGACGGUCCGCUUUAGUGGUGCUGAUUUGGCUAACCUUGUUCGGGAAGCUUCUAUGAGGGCUGUGAAGCGGAUUAUACAGGGCGGCAAGGGCCAGUCGAUGGACACGGAACUCAUCACUGUCGAGGACUUCACUGAUGUAUUGGGGAAGUUGUCGCCCAGUGUGAGCGAAGCGGACGAGAGACGGUACUUGGACAUGAAAGCCUCCCUACAUACGACUAUUGUAUGAUGAUGGUUGUCGUUGUCGUUGUUUUAUUCUUGUAACACUACCCAAAAACGUCUCUCCCGGUUCCUUAUAUCGUAUCUAGAUGGGAA